UUUACUUCAGCUUCAGUGGAAGCAAGAUUUAGAUAAAGGUUUGGAACUUAUAAGCAAAGCUAUUGAAAUUGAUAACAAAUGUGAUUUUGCAUAUGAAACUAUGGGGACAAUUGAAGUGCAAAGGGGCAAUCUGGACAAAGCCAUUGAAAUGUUCAACAAAGCUAUUAAUCUAGCCAAAUCAGAAAUGGAAAUGGCUCACCUCUAUUCACUCUGUGAUGCUGCUUAUGCCCAGACAGAAGUUGCUAAAAAAUAUGGAUUGAAGCCACCAACAUUGUAA